AUGGUCUACGAUACAACUGCUGCGAAUGUCCAUAAGCAGUCACGAAGGAAUAAGAUAUUAUGGACCGUUGCGAUCCUUGCUGUCGCGUUGGCAACGAGUGCGGGGAACAAGCGACCCCACUUCACCCUGGAGCCGCCGUCACGAGUGCUCUGGCCAUCCACUCGGGGGGCGUACGCCGCAUGUCGCGCCACUGGCCACCCCGCGCCGGACCUUAGCUGGGUGACCGCAGAAGGUCAAAUCCUCACCACGAUACCAGGCUUGAGGCACGUUCUAAGCGACGGGCGACUAGUGGUUGGAGCGAGACGGUCAAUGGUGGAUUCUGGUGGUGGCGGAAGCAGUGCAAUUCUGAGAUGCAAGGCAACGAACAAGGCGGGAACCAUCCUUUCUAGGCCCAUGUUACUACAGCCAGUUGAAGACAACGUCUUAUCACAUUCUGUGCGCCAGCUUACUCCGGCUAAAAUCGGAGGGUCGGUAGUUCUGCGAUGCGAAACAUCACCUCAAGUUGGCGUAGUUGACAUACGAUGGAUCCAAGACGGCCUUACACUUUCAUCAGGUUUUGUUGGAACUGAUUCAAGAUGGAUAGCUGGUUCAGGCGGUUUAUUAUUAGGCGUUGAUUUGACACAAGCAGAUAUUCAGGCAGAAUACUCUUGCUUAGCACUAGAUACUCCGAGUCCUAUAGUAAAACUAACUACUGAUGAUAGUAGCUGGUUGGACAAUAACGAAAUCAAUUCAAUCGAAGCGCGAACUGGAGAUACCGUGGUACUUCCAUGUAUUAUGCGGCAAGUUACUGGACAUAUUAUUAUUUGGCAGCGACAGGAAUCAAGUGGGGUAUGGAUUGCUCACACACCAGGAGAGGGUAUUGUUAAGGGCAGUGCUCUCGUCCUACCGAAUAUUCGGCCACAUCACGCCCUGCGUUACGCUUGCUCCACCGGAGUGGAGUCUUCUCCUAGAAUACUGAUUCGUUUGAUAGUGACGGAUCCUCUAACAGUGUCGGUCACCCCAAAUCCGUUAAUAUUGGGAACUGGUGGAUCUGGUGUAUUUAAUUGCACAGUACAAGGGGGGCGUGGUAGUGGGGUCACAUUGAGCUGGCAGCACGAAGGGCGACCUUUGCACGCACCGCAAUCCCGUCUAUCCCUUGGCCCGGUUCGAUCUCACCACGGCGGUCUGUACCAAUGCACGGCGUACGACCACACGGAUACAGCAGUAUCAGGAUCAGAACUAGUUAUAGCUGACAGACCACCGAGGCUUAUUUCUACAUUUAGCGAGGCCGUGACGAGAAUUGGUCAAAGCAUUGUGUUAAGAUGUGCUGCCACUGGUAUACCACCACCAAGAAUAUUGUGGACAUUAGACGACAGACCGUUACCAGCGGCUCCUGAUAAGUACAGUGUGAAUACAAGAGCUGAAUCAUUACCUAGUGGUGAUGAAGGUGCAAUAGUAUCAACUUUACGUAUUACUAUCCGGACUGCUGACGAAGGUGGUAGAUAUGGAUGUAAUGCGACCAGUUCUGGAGGCUCCCAUGCGCAUCACGCAAGACUUAAUAUUUUUGGUCCACCAAACAUUCGCUAUUUAUCACCGAUACAUGUAAAAACAAAUACGGACGUAACAUUAAACUGUCCUUAUUCGGGAUAUCCCAUCAAGGAAGUAAUUUGGCGUCGUGAAGAUGGGUCAGUAAUCGACAAUGUUCUGGAAUCUAACGAUGAACUUGGUAUAUUAAGACUUGCUUCAGUUAGAAGUGCUGAUGCAGGCACUUACACGUGUGAAGUAAGAGCUGAAAGUGGGGAGUUGGCGAGAAGAACCGUUCGUCUUGAUGUGCACAAGCCACCGAAAAUAAUGCCAUUUCACUUUCCUGAGGAGCUGGAAGUAGGCGGAAGUGCACAGGCAACCUGCAGUUUGGUAUCCGGAGAUAAACCUAUAUUAUUUUCAUGGCAUAAAGACAACUUACCUAUACCAUCUGUAUUAAAGGUGGAACAGAAAAAUAUGGACUUUUUCUCCAUUUUAGUAAUUCACAAUCUUUCUUCUGCACACACCGGGGAAUAUUCAUGCAGAGCAACUAAUGACUUUGGUACAAUAAGCCAUACAGCACCGUUAAUUGUUAAAGAAUCACCAACUUGGGUAUGGCGAGCACAGAAUACAUCAGUUUCUGUUGGAGCAGCUGUACUUCUGCCAUGUUCGGCUAAAGGGCAGCCCUCCCCUCACAUAUCUUGGGAAUUUUCUUCAGGCGGCGAUAAUUGGCAUCAUAUUUUAUGGAGUCAAUCAGAAUCGACCGACAAUGGAGAAGGAUCUGUUCUAUCGGAUGGUACAAUUUGGCUGAAAGCAGUCACCUCUAGUCACGAAGGGUGGUAUAGGUGUACGGCUCGAGUCCAACAUUCAUUUUUACAUCAUUCAUUUUACCUUGACGUAAGAGAACCUCCAAAACUGGCACGGGGUGAUGGCGGUGGUGAAAUUCGAUGGGUAGUUAGAGGAUCAACAGCACGUCUCACCUGCACAGUAAGGGGAGAGCCAGAAAUUCACAUGCACUGGACACAUGAUUCCCGCCCUUUGUCUCUGCAUGGUACAGGUGGUGUGGAGACAAAAGAUAUUGGAAACGGAAUGACGACCUCUGAAAUAACAAUCACACACGCAGGUCCGGAACACGCUGGGGAUUAUCAGUGCCUGGCGCGAAAUCUAUACGGAAACGAUGCUAUACUUUUUCGGUUAUUUGUAAAAGAACGCCCCAACGUCCCCGAGGAAGUUCGUAUUUCUGAAUUAUGGUCGAGGAGAGCUCGUAUUACUUGGAGAGUGGCAAAAGGAGUAAUUGUGUCCCACUAUACAUUACAGUAUAAAGCUCUUAAACUUGAUAUGCCAAAUGUUGUAUCAAACAUUCCCGUGCCUACGUUGUCGAGUACAUGGGAUACACCAGGUGUUGUUAAUGUGACUUUAACUAAUUCCGAUCUUCUUCAUGUUGCAUCGGAGGGGCUGGGUCGUGCCGGAGCUUUAGUGAUGGGAUUAGCCCCCGACACACGAUACGUACUCAGGCUGGCCGCCUACAACGAUGUCGGCGCGUCACCCUACACAACACCACUCCACUUCACCACUCGAGAGGAAGCGCCAGGAGGAGUGCCGCGUGACAUAAUCGUUAGAGCUCUCCGUGAUCGAGAAUUGCUAGUUACUUGGCAACCUCCACCAAGGGAAACUUGGCAUGGCACCCUGUUGGGCUACACGAUACGGUGGUGGGAGGUAUCUGAAGAGGGUAAGGGUAUUGGCGAAGGCUCGGGAUCGGAGAGUGGUGCGAGUGCUGACGCAACUAGUACCACUUUAAGGGGGCUCAAAGCGGCCACCAGAUACGGUGUCACCGUGAGGGCUUACAACGCCGCCGGUGCUGGCCCAGUGUCGCCACCGCAUUACCGCCAUACCUUAGAAUCACCGCCAAACGGGAGUCCUGACCUGUUACCAUGUAUCUCGAGUGGAUCGACGUCACUCAGAGUAUCAUGGCAUCCCCCGGCACUGGAAUCACGCGGUGGCAUCAUAACCCACUAUACAUUACAAUACACAAGGAGGGAUUCCGAUCCUUUAUUGCCACCUCAAGACGCUUAUUUGCGAGUUCAGGGUGAAGAGACUACAGUUUCUCGAUUAACUCCAUAUGCUGAGUACGAAAUAAGGGUUCGGGCACAUAACGCAGCUGGUGAUGGUCCGUUGUCGGCACCACAAUACUGCCGUACCGACGAAGACGUGCCUAGUGCGCCGGGGGGUAUGAAGCUUAUAGCUUUGAGUGAGCGAUCUUUAAGAGCAUCAUGGUUGCCACCUCCACAUCCUAAUGGAAAACUUACGCAUUACACCCUCUACGUCAAAGACUUAUCAGGAUCACAGGAACCGAACAUAACAAGAGUAAAUGCGUGUAUGGACGGCGAUGAAUGUAUGAAACCUUUGCGCGGUCUUCGUUCAGGAAGGACCUACGAAGCGUGGGUCAGAGCGGCUACAAGUGCUGGAGAGGGGCCACCGUCUACUGUCGUCGCUUGCCAAACAAGUGCAUUGGCCCCGGCUCGAAUAUCGUCCUUUGGUGGUUUAGCUAUGGAAGCAGCUGGGAGCGCUUUGUCUUUACGUUGCGUUGUUGGAGGAGUACCGCCUCCAGCAAAACGUUGGCUUCGUGCUGGUAAUCCCCUGCAACCAAUUCCACCGUUCCAACUAGAAGGUGACGCUCUACUUAUUAGAGGCUUAGAACUGUCACAUGCUGAUAAUUACACUUGCGUUGCUGAAAACCCUCACGGCUCAGAUUCCGUUACCUGGCGAGUGAUUGUAUUGCGUCCUCCAGCUCCACCAAGCUUAGCUUUAUUAGAAGCAAGGUCUAGAGAGUUAGAACUUGACCUAAGACCAACCCCAAGAGCACCCGGACACGCGCUUCCUAAAGCUUAUACAUUGCAUUGGAGGCUUGCUACCCCGGAGGGAGAAUGGCGGCUGCAAGGUGCGAACCCAGGUCCGGUUACUUUAAGCGGCCUGCGGUGUGGUUCAGCGUACCGCGUCUACGGAUCAGCUGGAGGUGCUCCCGGAACUGAAAUUGCAGUAAGAACGUCCGGUGGGCCACCAGCCGCACCACCCGAUUCCAGAUGGAUUAGAGCAAAUGCCACACACGCCAAGUUCGACACGACUAUGUGGUCAGACGGUGGAUGUGGCCCAGUGGCGUUAAAACUCGAGUGGGCUGGUUCUGGUGCGUUAGGAGCACGGGAUGUACCAGUUGGAGGAGAAGUUAUUCUAAGCGGAUUAACUCCUGGAUCAAGAUACCGCGUGGCUGCUCGCGCGUCUAACGAAGCGGGCUUGACACGGGAAGUCUACGAAUUUUCUACUCUAUCGCUGGAAGGAACUUUCGCUGAGGAAGUUGACGCCCCAUUUCCCGCGACAGCCGGGGAGCUUGCAUUAUUGUUAGCAUUAUGUGCGGCGUUAUCUUUGGCAGCAUUGACCAUAUUGGCAAUUCUUUUAAGGCGUAAAAGAACUGAUGGUGUUGUGGCGCGAGUGACGACUAACGCUGAUAAACAAGGCUGUGGGACGUACGGGGAACCACCGCAUACAACACCCAAGCUACUGCCAGAUCCACCGGACGUUUACGAGAUAAGCCCAUACGCAACAUUCGCUGGCGGACCUGGGAUCACUGGUGCUGGGUCUAGGGCAUACACCCUGCAGUUACGAGCGUUGGCACGUCAUGAUGACGAGGCUGCCCCCCCAGCACAUUCCUCAUGUUGUGAUGAAGAGACGUGUAUCGACUCCUGCGACGAUCAGCGCCGGCGACGGCGUCGGCGCCAUUAUUGUCCAGAUCACGGUUGUUCAUUGGACUCGGGAAGU